AUGAUCUUAUUUAGUAUAAAUCAAGGAGCUAUAAGAAAACAUCACUGCACGGGAUAUCAUCACAGAGAGAGAGGGGAAGGAGAGAGAGAGAGCAGCAAAAUGAAGAACGUAUCUUUUUUGUGCUGCAUCUUCAUCGUCUGCUCGGCAGCUAGCGCCAUAAGUCAAAGGACGAAAAGAGCAGUCUGUGGCAAUCAGUUAUGGGAUCCUCGAUACGACAUCUGUUGUGAAAAUCGUGCGUACGGGCGACGUUAUGGAACCUACUCUGGAUGUUGUGGUAACAAAAUUUUUAACGCUAAGACUGCAGUUUGUUGUUCGAAACGCACGUAUAAAAUCAAGAGUACAGAAUUCACCCAAUGUUGUGGUCGAAGGAAAUUUGAUGGAAAUACGAGAAUAUGCUGUGGCUCCAGAUAUAUUCUUAGGAGAUCAGCUGGUGCUUCAACACGAUGUUGUGGACGAAGAACCUACAAUGCUGACACAACUGUUUGCUGCGCUGGCAAAAGAGCGAGGAAAGGAGCUGGAAAUCUAACACAAUGUUGUGGAAAAAAGAGCUAUGACCCCAAACUUUCCAUUUGCUGCCAAGAUACGAUCGUCAAUAUUCCAGUCAACGCCAGCAGUUCGUGUUGUGGGAAAACAGUGUACAACCCUUCUACAUCGGUCUGCUGCAACGGCCAACCCGCGCCUCUAAUUGUGGGCAAUCUCACGAUGUGUUGUGGUAAACAAAGCUACGACCAGACCAGUUCACUUUGUUGUGUAGACACUGUCAUCCCAAAAGUAAAUAAUACCAGCCAGUGCUGCGGAGUUACAUCCUAUGAUCCAACAACCUCAGUCUGCUGUGCUGGAAACUCGGCAGAAAAAGUGGCCGGUAAUCUAACACAAUGUUGCGGUAGAGAAAGCUUUAACCCUCAAGAAUCACUUUGUUGUGUAGACACUGUCACCCCAAGAGUAAAUAAUAUCAGCACGGAGUGCUGCGGAGUUACAUCCUAUGAUCCUACAACCUCAGUCUGCUGUGCUGGAAACGCGGCAGAAAAAAUGGCCGGUAAUCUAACACAAUGUUGCGGUAGAGAAAGCUUUAACCCUCAAAACUCACUUUGUUGUAACGGAGAAGUUAAGCUAAAAACAUAUGGUAAUACAACACAGUGUUGUGGGACCAGUAUUUACACCCCCUCGACCCACGUAUGUUGCGCAGACAAAAAGAAACCUAAACGACAAAAUGUUGCUAACACCAUAAAAUGUUGUGGAAGCAUGAGUUACAAUGAAGAAAACCAGAUUUGUUGUGAUGGGAGACGGUGGUCCAAAAAGUACGGGAAGUAUACCAGAUGUUGUGGCCGGAAAAGAUACAGUGGCAAACCAAGAGGAGGGAAAAGGAAAUUUUGUUGUGCGAACCGUGUGAUUUUCUCCCGCACAAGAUUUUGUUGCAAAGGAAAAUUGCAAAGGAAAGGAACUGCCUGUCUAUAAACACAGUCGGACAAUUAUUUAGUAACAUUUAUACCUUUAAUGAACAUAUUUUUUUAUUACAAUUCAGUUUAAAAGUUUUAUAAUAAUUCAGUUAUAUGCUGGAGAUUUCCGUAUGAUUAUGUAGCCUAUACAAACCAUAUAACCAGUGGAUAAUUGCUGUUUCUCAAACCACAUUUGAAAUACUGAAUAUUAAUAAAGCAUAAAC